AUGGCAACCGGCGACGAAGGGGAAGGGGAAAUCAAUAUUUGUACACAAUUCAACCAUAAAAAUAUUUUUCCCUUACGUGACGUUGUGGUUGAUACAGGCCGAAAUGUUUAUAUCCUGCUUCCACGUAUGGAACAUGACUUGCCAGGUUUAAUGUAUAACCCGAAUGUUCAAUUAACACCCCAAGAAAUAAAGACAUACCUGAAAAACGGCAUCCUUCACCGCGACAUAAAAGCUUCCAAUAUCUUAGACAACAAUGACGGUAUUAUACAAAUUGCAGAUAUCGGUCUUGCACGUGAUAUAAAAAACGGUAAUCAGGAAUACACCAAGUCCGCUGUACUAGAUCCUGAAAAAAUAUUCAAUUUAUGUCCCUCACCCAAUCAACAGAACAUGCCAAACUGGCACAAAUUACCAGAUGCUAGAAAGACCAGGUGCAAAAACACUGUGAGACGUGUUCGACGCGAAUACUACAAUUGUAAUCACGCUGCUACCGACCUCUUAGACAAGUUACUUAUUCUGGACCCGACAAAAAGGUUAAUAUGUCUAGAGGCUCUAGAGCACACAUAUUUCUGGUCCUUGCGUUUACCCGCUAAUCCUGUCAAGUAA